AUGUCUCUCAGCGGGAAAGUCGCCCUGAUCACCGGCGGGGCCAAGAACCUCGGCGCCGAGAUUGCCCUCGAGCUGGCCCCCCUGGGCGCCAACCUCGCUCUGCACUACAACUCGCCGUCCUCCAAGGACGAGGCGGCCAAACUGCAAAAGAAGCUCGCCGAGAAGUUCCCCCAGUGCAAGGUCCGCUUCUACCAGGCGGAUCUGACCACCGCUGCCGCGGUCGACGGCCUGUUCGCCUCGGUCCUCAAGGACUUUGGCCAGGUCGACAUCGUCGUCAACACGGUGGGCAAGGUGCUCAAGAAGCCCAUUGCCGAGAUCAGCGAGGCGGAGUACGAUUCCAUGUUCGCGAUCAACUCCAAAUGUGCAUUCUUCAUCCUACAAGCAGGCGCCAAGCACGUCAAGGACGGCGGCAAGAUCAUCACCAUCGUCACCUCCCUCCUCGCCGCCUUCACGGGCUUCUAUACCUCGUAUGCCGGCUCGAAGGCGCCCGUUGAGCACUUCACCAGGGGCGCUGCCAAGGAGCUGCAGGGCCGUGGCAUCAGCGUCAACGCCGUCGGUCCCGGUCCCAUGGACACACCAUUCUUCUAUCCUCAAGAGUCUCCGGAGGCGGUCGAGUUCCACAAGAGCAUGGCCAUGGGCAACAGGCUCACCGAGGUCGCGGACAUUGCACCCAUCGUCAAGUUCCUCUGCACAGAGGGCAGGUGGAUCACGGGACAGACCAUCUUUGCAAACGGCGGAUAUACCACUCGUUGA